AUGAUUCAUAUUGAAUUGAAAAAGGAAAACGGCAAAGCAUGUGACAAGAAUAAAGUAACAUCUAACUCUGCUAGUCAUAAUGCGUCUGAACAAGGGUUUGCAUCUAAAUCUGUUGAUCUAACAGUAGUUUUGCCAACCAUCUCCACUAAACUACCUGCUGAGACUAUUAACCAUACCAACUGGUCUCAUCACAUCUCUACACUUGUCCUGGCAGACCCGGAGUUCUACAAACCAGGUGAAGUCGAUAUGCUAUUUGGAGCAGAAGUUUACUUCGACCUUAUCAUUGAAGGAAAGAUAUCAGGUACCAAACAAACACCUACUCUUCACAAUAGUGUUUUGGGCUGGAUUGUUGCUGGUAGGUGUGGGCAGUGCCCAAAUGAGACUGAGUCAACUUGCAAUUUGACUAUUGAGAGUCAACUUAAGCGAUUCUGGGAAAUCGAGCAAGUUGUUAUUCCUGUUCUCACUAAAGAGGAACAAUAUUGUGAGCAGCAUUUCAAGGAAAAUAUCAAACAAGAUGAAUCUGGACGCUUUAUUGUAAAACUACCAUUCAAUGAACGUCUAAAUGAGUUAGGAAAAUCACAACACAUAGCUUUGGGUAGUUUCAAAAAAGUUGAACAAAGAUUGUCAUUAAAUUCCGAGAGAAAACAGCAGUAUAAUAGUUUCUUACAGGAGUAUCUGAAACUAGGACACAUGGAACUAACAGGGAAGCUAAAUUUCAGUGAAUCAGUAACCACCACAGGUAACGUAACAAUUUGUUUCUUACCUCAUCACGAAGUAAUAAAGGAGUCAAGCUCUUCAACCAAACUGAGAGUGGUUUUUAAUGCAUCCUGUCCAACAAGCACAAGGGUAUCUUUGAAUGAUACACUUAUGGUAGGUCCAAACGUCCAGCAGGACUUGUUUUCCAUCCUAACACGUUUCCGACUACAUGAAAUAGUUAUGGUUGCUGACUGUGAGAAAAUGUAUCGCCAGGUGUUAGUUGAUGAAAAUGAUUGUAAGUUUCAACAAAUAUUGUGGAGGACAAACAGUUAUGAGCCUGUCAAAAUAUAUAAACUGAAAACAGUAACAUAUGGCACCUCUAGUGCUCCCUUCUUAGCUACUAGGUGUUUGAAACAGUUAUCAGAAGACGAGAAGACACGAUUCCCUACAGCUUGCGCUGCUGCAGGAGCGGAUUUCUAUGUGGACGACUUACUAACCGGGUGUCAUGAUGAGAAGACUGCUCUACAGUUACAGGAAGAACUUGAUCAACUUUUACGUUCAGGAGGUUUCAAACUACGUAAGUGGUGUUCCAAUAGUUCUGCUGUACUAGACAGGAUACCAAAAGAGGACAAAGAGGUUGGUUCUAUGAACUUAGAUUUAGAAGAGAGUAAACCUAUUAAAACUUUAGAAGUUGCUUGGGAACCCAAAUCAGACAUGUUUCAAUACAACUCUCAACAAGACAACAAGAAACACUUUUUAAAACUCAGAAUUGAAAGCCGGAUACCUGACGUGCCGGGGGUCGCCCGUCGCAAUGCAGAUCCCGACCUCUACAUUCAUUCCGCACUCCCUGACCAAGGACCGAAGUAA